GCAAUGUAACGAGUAAAACAUCGUGACGGACAUUUGGGGGUUUGAGUGGAGAGAUGAGAAGAUGACUAGUGCUGCAGUUGUAGUAGCCCUUCCUUCUCCCCCUAUUCUUAACGGGUCUCUUGCUUCUCCAACUCCCACUAAUAGCAGCUCGAACAGAAAGGAUGGAAUUGGAGAGCAAAUGGUAAUGAAGCAGACAGGGGAUGGUGGGUACAAGUGGCGCUUGGUUAUUGCUUAUGACGGCACCCGUUAUGCAGGAUGGCAAUAUCAGAGUUCACCACCUACCGUACAGUGCUUUGUGGAGAAAGCUCUAAUGAGCGCUACGAAGCUGGAAAGGAACGAUCUUCAUUUCGUUGGUGCAAGUAGGACGGAUAAAGGAGUACAUGCCUGGGGUCAGGUUGCACACUUUGUCACACCUUUCGGCUAUGACAGCAUUGAAAGCAUUCACGCUGCUCUCAACGGUCUUCUUCCUGAUGAUAUCCGAGUUAGGGAGAUCAACCCUGCAGUGCCUGAAUUCCAUGCUCGUUUUUCAGCGAAAAGUAAGAUUUAUCAUUACAAAAUAUAUAACGACACAUUCAUGGAUCCAUUUCAGCGCCACUAUGCUUACCAUAGUGCUCAUAAGCUAAACGCCACUGUUAUGCGAGAAGCUGCAAAGUAUUUUAUUGGAAAGCAUGAUUUCUCUGCUUUUGUCAAUGCUUCCCAGAAGGAACGAGUGCGUGAUCCAGUGAAGGAUAUAUUCCGUUUUGAUGUCAUUGAAUUGGGAGUUCUUGUACGGCUAGAAGUUGAAGGCUCCGGCUUCUUAUACAGACAAGUCCAGAACAUGGUCGCUCUGCUGGUUCAAAUUGGAAGGGAAGCACUUCCUCCUGAUAUUGUUCCCAAGAUAUUGGCAACACGAGAUCGGAGAGCGCUUGCCAAAUAUACCAUGUUUGCUCCACCUCACGGGCUCUGUCUUGUGACGGUCAAGUACAACGAGGCGCAUCUACGGCUUCCAUUCGGUUCCUUCACGACCAGUUUUGGUAGGCAUUAUACUAUUGGCUCAUGUAAGCUUCCAUUCUACUAAGAAUUUCACUUGUACCAACCAAACAAUAUACAACAAGUAAUAACAUGAUUGUUCAAUAAAUAAUAUUAACUUCAAUUUGUUA